GGAGACUAGCUAGGGUCGCAAGAGCGGGAGAAUGCUGGCGGCGCAGCGAUGCUUUCCCAUGACGAGACCGUUCCUGGCGGAUUCAGCUUGCUCGAUUUAUGCGGGCGAUGGGUUUCAGGGACAGGGAGAGGGAAGAAAUGGGGGGUUUUCAAUUUCGAGAAGGGUGAGAAGGGCGCGGGUAUGCUGUGUGGCGGUGCUGGAAGCGAUUGGCAUGGACUCCGCAAGGAUUAAAGUGGUUGGCAUCGGAGGAGGUGGGAAUAAUGCUGUAAAUCGAAUGAUUGGAAGUGGAUUGCAAGGAGUAGACUUUUGGGCCAUAAACACAGAUGCCCAGGCGCUGGUGCAGUCCUCUGCGAGCAAUCGCUUGCAAAUUGGAGAGGAGCUCACUCGGGGAUUGGGAACCGGUGGAAAACCGAGCCUUGGUGAAGAAGCUGCCGAAGAAUCCAAGGAUGAUAUCAAGGUGGCUGUCGCUGAUUCCGACUUGGUUUUCAUCACAGCCGGGAUGGGUGGAGGAACAGGCUCUGGAGCAGCACCAGUCGUCGCUCGUCUAUCCAAAGAGAAGGGACAACUGACUGUGGGUGUUGUCACGUAUCCUUUUACUUUCGAAGGGAGACGACGAUCUCAACAGGCUUUGGACGCCAUUGAGAGGCUGCGAAGCAACGUAGACACACUCAUUGUGAUCCCCAACGACAGGCUGCUGGACUUGGUUCAAGAACACACUCCUUUGCAGGAAGCUUUUCUUCUCGCGGACGAUGUUCUUAGGCAGGGUGUGCAGGGCAUCUCGGACAUUAUCACUAUUCCAGGACUGGUGAACGUAGAUUUCGCAGACGUGAAAGCGAUUAUGGCAAACUCAGGGACCGCCAUGCUUGGAGUCGGGACUGCUAGCGGCAAAAACCGGGCAGAAGAAGCGGCUCAGCAGGCCACAUCAGCUCCAUUGAUCGAGAGAUCGAUCGAAAGAGCCACGGGUGUUGUUUACAACAUCACUGGUGGAAGGGACUUGACGCUCCAAGAGGUUAACCGAGUCUCUCAGGUGGUGACCGGCUUGGCAGACCCCGCAGCAAAUAUCAUAUUUGGUGCUGUGGUCGACGAGAGAUACGACGGCCAAGUUCACGUCACGAUAAUCGCCACUGGUUUCUCGCAAACUUUCCAGAAGACACUGGUGGAUCCCAAAGCCAGUGUGGCUCCGGAAGGAAAGAAGAGCCCAGCAGCGCCUGCUGUGGAGCAGCUCCCAUGGAAGCGUGGUGUUCCCGUGUCCUCCAGGUUUGCUCAAGGUCUCAGAUAAGUAGCUCCAAGGUGUGAUAUAGACAAAUCUCACUCUGGAAACAGCAGCGAGGGAGAAUUCAUGUUAAGUGGAGAAAUCAAGUUAGACAUAGCUACACUCUUGGGUCAUGUUACAGAGUGCUCGCAUAGUAUUGCUGCACACGUCCAUGAGUUGCAAAGACUCGUCUGCUCCAUCGAGAAGACACUGGAAGAAUGAAAAAGAAAUCGUUAAAGAGCUCUUCUUGCUAGUUCUUCUUGCUA